AUGGCCCUCGUCAUCGGCCUCGUCGCAGCGGCCGCCAAAGCCAUAAGCAGCAACGACAACGACCGGCACCAGAACAACAACCACAGCAGGUUCCGCGACGGCCUGUAUCACCACCACAACAGCCACAACAGCCACAACAGCGGCCACCACAGCUGCUGUAACAGUCAUCACAACAGCUGCUGCAACACCACCUCAUCUCCCCUUGCCGCUUACUCUCCCCUAUUGACGGGCAGCCGCCGCGCCGAGCGUCGGAUGGAGAGAAAGCUGCGCAAGGCGGAGCGAAAGGGCAGAAACACCGACAUGCUGCUGUCCAUGAUGGGCGGUUCCAGGGGGGCUUCCGGUUCAACAGGGCUGUCUGGUGACAGCGCUACAGCGAGUACGCAUCAUCAUCAUCAGCCUGGUCAUGGUGGUGGUGUCCCUUACGUGGGCUACGGCGAGAGCUCAAGGGGUCGAGAUGUGUCUCCCGAGUCACAGAGGGGGCAUCAAUGGCGGGAUGACGAUGAGUUCCAGGGUCACGAGCGGACGGGAAGCUCCUCGGAGGCGUUGCCGUCGUAUGAGCAGGCGGUUCGCCGGUCGGAUAAGUCGAGGAGAUGA